CUCCUUAGGGCUAUGUCCCCUUUGAAGGCCUCCCCGUUGCGCUCACGCUUCGGCAGGAGUGCCAGCCUGCCCUCUACUAUUCUCUUUAGUGACAGCCCCCCCCCAAAAGAAGAGCGCCUCAAGCCAUCGCCGUCGGCAGACUGGGAGGAGGCCGCCCGCGACCAACUCGAGAUUCAGGCCCUCGCUUCCUCUAUGCUGCAAGCUGCAGCAACCGGCUGUUUCUACAUAACUCCCACUCCUGUGAUUUUCAAAUCCCCUCUGCUGAGCGAUGGGCAAAGCCCCCCAAGCCCAGAUUCUCCGCUGCCCCCAUACUGGAAUAGGGGGGUGAAUGCGUACGCAGAUGGCCCAGACCGAAGGGGGGGUGCGAGCCCGUCGGCGCAGGUUCCGAAGGAUGAGCUGGUUCCGGGGGGCCAAUACGGCGUUACAUGGUGGGACAGCCGCAAUGCGGAGGCGCUCGUGCGGGGCCGCGUGGAAAAGUUCCUCUGUCUAGAUCCUCUAGCCUUAGCCAAUCAGCUAAGGGAGCUUUCCUCGACGGAACCCACGUUCAUCGAGGGGGGGCCGCAUCACCUUACCAAUAUAGUCGACGUGUUUUGGACCAUGGCGUGUAAUGCGGGGGCGCGGGGCACCGUUCUUCCGCCUCCUGAGGGGGGAGGAUACUGCGGCAUGUGCUUUGAUGAGAUGGGACGGAACAGCUGUUACAACCCGUUCCACACGCGGGGGGUUCCGGACUGGUGGCAGGAACUGCAGGAGUAUUGGGACGAGGUACUCGAGAAAGCGCGGGAGGAUGGGCGCAAUGUGGACUGCAUGUUCUUUUGUGGGAAGAUGGGGUGCUUGAACCCAAUUGCGUGCACGUUCAGGCACGACGAACAAGCGCGGCGCAAGAUCUGUCAGGAAACGGGCAAGAUACGACGGCGCGCCACCUUCGGAUCCACGUGGAUGGGCGAAUUGGGCUUGCCAGGGAUGUUCUAGCGAAAUGUAUCUUAGUGUCACUUUCUUUGGCUGGAAUUUCUUUGGCGAUAUGGAACAAUGGAGGCUCCUGGAGGGUUUGUAAACCGGGCCCAAGCGAGCUUAGCUGCCGCGGCACGUUGAGUUUGCUUUUAUUUAUGGUUAGCGAACGCGUAGAUUUGAGCGAAUUCACGAACGGGUUACUUGGACGCCCCGCUUGCUUUACCAUCUGCAGACUUGAGUUGCCGUUAUAGAAAGGUUUACUUGAGUUGCUGCAAAUACUGGUCGUCGUUGAAAGGCGAGACAAUGGUGAGUAGGGGUUUGAGCCAAGAUACAAUCACUAGCAAGCGCGCCGAGCAGACUUGGAGGACGAAGAGUUACUUGGGGUUAUCAAAAUCUAGCUGUUUGAGUGGAUGGAACGUGCAUUUGAUGUGAACUUGAGGCUGUACAUGCAUUCUUGCUGAAGAUGCUUAGUACAGUGUCGCAUCUGCAGGCAGGGCUCAGCUGCAGCGCUAGUUCAAUGAUGACUUGGGCCCCGAAGUUUUGUACCUAGCUGACGCUCGCAACGUCUGGACCGUUAUAAAGCUAAUAAAACAAUUGAAUAUCAGGGUAUAACACUGCAGACUGAAACCCGCAACUUA